AUGGAUCAUACUUUGAUACUUGAAUUACCUUAUGCACUAUCCGAAUGUGGUGAUGAAAAUGAAAAAGUUAAUGUUAAAUCACAAUUGUUCGAACAAUUACCCGGCAUACUUAUAAUCCGUCAUGGUUAUGAUUGUUAUAAGAUGCGUUCAUGGUUAAUUAACAACAUGACAAUUUUAGAAGAAUUAAAAAAAUGGAUGAUGCGUGUACAAGUGAUAGAAUUGCAUGACUACAUAAUGGAUCCUUUCACAAUUCAUGGAACGUCAACUACACUAAAUCAACGUCAAACUACACCUGCUGCACGACGAAUUCGCUCAAACGCUAGACAACGUGUAAUUUCUCCAAAAGUACCAAUAUAUAGAGCUAGUCAAAAUACGAAAAUAGAAACGUCCGAAAAGGCCCAAUCUUCGAAACUAUCACUUAAAAAAAUGAUGACUUUGCCAGUAUUAACAGAACUUUUAGAAGUAUGGAAAGAUCCUGACUCCUUCGCUCAAGUUGACAAGGCCAAGGAAAAAAUUACGGAUUGUUUUAACCAACGCUUAGAUACCUUGGAUUUAUCGUUUCUCGGUUUGACCAGUCUUCCUGAUGUUUUCGGUGGAAUGCAAAAUAUACAUUAUUUGUCGAUUGCUAACAAUUAUUUUUCCGAAAUGCCAUUGUGUCUAACUAAGUUAACUUCGCUAAAACGAUUGAACAUCUCCAAUAACAUAUUGAAUGAAGUACCCGAUUUAAUCAAAGAAUUCAAAUACUUGGAAUGUUUUAAUAGUGAAUGUAAUCAACUUCAAAAGAUUUCAGAAGAAUUGGGACGUUUGCCAAGAUUGAAAACUCUAAUGUUGGCUCAUAAUCGUAUUAUGAAUAUGCCUCAAAAUAUUCGUCAUAUUAAAGAUUUGCAGAUAGAAGAUCAAGUUCCACUAGCAUCUUUUGGUGACUUUUCUCCUGAGUUUGAAGCACAAUGGGAAGAAAAUUUUAGUAAGGAAGCAUAUUCAGGUUAUUUUGAAAUAUGGUUAGCACGCUAUGAAGAAAUACUACGAUUGCCAGAAGCCAAAAAGUACCGUCAAGUAUUUAAACAACGUAUAGGUGCAUUGAUGGAGGCAAUGGUGAACGAUUCAAAUUUUCGUAAAUUCUGUUAUGAAAAAGCAUAUAAUGUCGUUUCAACGUCUCAUGACGGAAUAUUAUUUGCUCUGUACGAAUUGGAAGCCAAACUUGUUGAACAGCUCAUAAUUGAACUAAAAUUAUCUGAUAAAGAAGUUCGUCAAGAAGUCGAACGAGCCUUUAAUUUUUACCGUUUACAAGAGCUCGCUCAAUUACAUGGACAACAGUUUUCCCUUCAAAACGAUGCAACUCCAGACGAAGAAGUAGUCGAUGGACAAGAAUCAAUUUUGUUUUUUUAUAUUUCUCCUGGAAAUACUCUGGAAAUGCCAUCAGGCAAGGAAAUACCACGUCAUAUGUAUCAAUCAAAUUUGGGUAUAGCAACUGACGAUGAUGUAAGAAGAGCAGUCGAAAGAAUUCGACAGGAAAAGAAAGAACAUGGUCCAAAUUAUUUGAUUCACUUUAUUUUGGAUAAAGAACAUUGGAUUGAAUAUUUAUCACGGCGUUAUUCCGAUUUUAUAACGGAACAUACACAAGUUUUUGUGGACCAGAUGGAAGAAAUAGAAGCAAAAAAGGAUCAAGUUAAUGAAUAUGAUUAUCUCAUACGGAUGAAUGCAUUGCUUGAAGAAAAGAACGAAUCGGAACAAAGAUUGUAUUACCAAUUAACUAAAAAUAUUGUUAUAGAUUCAUAG